AUGCUCGCACCUGCCUUUCGCCUCCGCAGUCCACCCCUCCUCCAGCAUACAGCAUCACAAGUCUGGAGAACCGCCGCACCGCCACGACGAGCACACAUCCUCCCAGUAGCAACGACCCUCCAAAUACCCUCGAGAUGGUAUGCGCAAGCCGUACCGAAAGGGCAAACAGGCGCCGGAACGACUACGCCUGUCCCAUACAACGCAGCGCCGCCAAAGUCCAAACCACCUUUCUACUUUGAGGCCGGAUAUGCGCUUUUCGCAAAGAGACCUUCAAGACCGUUUCCGCCGCCUUUUCUAUCGAUGCCUUCCACGAGUUUCUCAGAGCCGCUAAGCACGCACAACAUGAGUCGAGACCGGCGACCGACAGUGAACGGGCAGAUGAUCAGAGGUGUUACAAAUGGGGAUGAUGCGGUCCUAGUCAGCGAGAGCUUUAUUGCCGCAAACGACGGUGUAGGGGCGUGGGCUACGAGGGAGAAAGGGCAUGCAGCACUCUGGUCGCGCCUCAUCGCCCACUUCUGGGCUCUUGAAGUCGAGGCGGCAACAUACAACGCCACCACGCCGCCCGAGCCCGUCGCCUACCUUCAGAAUGCCUACAAACUCACCCAGCAAGCCACAUCGGAGCCCAACCAGUGGCACGGCACAACAACCACAUGCGGCGCGCUCCUCAGCGCCGACAACGAAACUCCAAACCACCCCGUUCUCUACGUAACACAGCUCGGCGACUCCCAGAUCCUCGUCAUACGCCCGACCACCAAAGAAGUCGUAUACAAGACUCAGGAACAAUGGCAUUGGUUCGAUUGUCCGCGGCAGCUCGGUACAAAUAGUCCCGACACGCCAAUAGACCACGCCGCAAUGGACCGUGUGGCGAUUCAGGAAGACGACCUGGUAAUCGCCAUGACUGACGGCGUCGUGGACAACCUGUGGGAACACGAGAUUGUCGAAAACGUGUGUGACAGUCUGGGACGAUGGAACGAGGACAAGGAAAAGGAUGCGGAAGGACUCACACAUGCGGACGGCAUGCGCUUUGUCGCGCAGCAACUUGUAAAUGCUGCAAGGGAAAUUGCUCAAGAUCCUUUUGCUGAGAGCCCAUAUAUGGAAAAGGCGAUUGAUGAGGGCUUGUCGAUUGAAGGAGGGAAACUCGACGACAUUAGUGUUGUAGCAGCCCAGUGCAAACGCCGAAAAGGAUGA